ACUCCCUUUUACUUUUCAUUACUCACAAGUCACAACCCAUUCCUCCCCCCUUUCUAACUCCAUGAAGAGGCAAAGGGCACCUGCUAACAUCAUGAUGAAUCCUCCUCCUCCUCCUCCUGCUACUGCUGCUGCCAAGCCUGAAGAUGUGUCUGUAAUAAUGGGCAAGAAGAAAGCCAAGAAAGAGGCAACUACCGCUGAGCAGCAGCACAAGCGGGUGGAGGAGAGCAACAGCAACAACAACAACAAUAACAGCAAAGAGGUGGUUAUUACGCCUACUGGUGGUGAGGAUACUAGUAACUGUGAGGAGAACAUGAUGAUGAUGAUGGCACCAUGGAUGGAUGAACAGAUGUCAUGGGGAUCUGCAUGGCAUCCUGGGUGGGACAUGGACUUCAUGGGUGAAGACUUCACUGCUGCCAUGUACAGUGAUGUUGUUUGGGACUAUGAUAUCUGGAACCUCAACAACCAAAUCCCAAUUCCACAUUACAUGCAAUGAGGAAUGAGCUACCUACCCUAUCAUCCCCCUAAUUUCUGUUACGUUUAUUAAUCUUCACUCUUCUCCAUGUAUUUACUACCAUGUCUUUCUUUCCUCCAAUCUUAAUUAACUUAUUAAUUACGCCA